AUGUCAAAACCAAAUAAAGCUAAAUUACAACAACAAAAGAAAGGUAAAAAAUCAACAACAACAGCAACAACCACAAAGAAAGAAUUAACAUCAGAAGAAUAUAUACAACAAGGUGAAAAAUAUGCAAGUGAAUAUCAUUUCGAUAAAGCAUUAAGUAGUUUUGAAAAUGCAUUGAAAUUAGAUCCAAUCAAUACAUUAGUGAUGGAUACAAUCGGAGAGAUAUUAGUAGAGAAUGGUGAUAUAGAGAACGCUAAAACUUAUUUCUUAAAAUCAAUUAAAACCGAUCCAGAAGAUUCACCAUCCAAAUACAUGAAUUUAGGGCAAUUGGUCGGUGGUGAUGAUGCAUUGAAUUGUUAUAGAAAAGGCAUACAAAUUAUGGAACGUGAAUUAAAACAACUAAUUAAAGAACAAGGUUCAAAAUAUAAUGAUUUACAACAUAUUCCAAGACCAUUAAAAUCAUCAUCACCAGUUGGUGAGGAUGACGAUGGCGAGGAUACAGUUUACGAAUCAGAUGAAGAUGAUCCAAUAAUUAUAUUAAAACAACAAUUAUGUUCAGCAUUAUGCUCAAUUUCAGAAUUAUAUUUAACUGAUCAAUGUUUUGAUGACGAUGCAGAGGAUCAAUGUGAGAGCAAUUUAAAGAGGGCUAUUGGAUACUCACCAAACUCACCAGAACCUUAUAGUUUAAUGGCAUCAAUGAAGAUUAGUCAAGUAAAGAAUCAAGAGGCAAUUGAAUAUUUGAAUAAAUCAUACCAACUUUGGGAGCAUUCUGAUAUUGAUGAUCGUCCAGAAUUUGAUUAUCGUUUCAACAUUUCAUUAUUAUUCAUAGAAUUAAAAGAGAAUAGAACUGCUGUCGACAUUUUGGAACAAUUAGUAAAUGAACAAGAUAAUAUAGCUGAAUUAUGGUACACUUUAGGUGUUGUCUAUAAUAAUCUAAAUGAACCAUUAUCAGCUCAAGAAUGUUUAAUCACCUCAAAAGAAUUAUUAAAAAUCGCUGCUCCACAAGGUAGAGAUGAAGAAUUGGAACAUUUAACAAAUACUUUAUUAAAAAAGGUUGAAAUUGAUGUUUCUAAAUUAUCUCCUGAAGAAAUUGAAGCUUUGAAUAAUGAUAAUGAUGAAGAUGAAGCAGAACAAGAAGAAAUGGAUGAAUAA